CAUCCCUCCAAAAGUCUUCAUCCUUUACUACAACAUUAAUGGCUACUUCUAUGAAAUUCACUGCUACUGGCUUUCUUCAACUUAAGAAACCUCAAAACCCAUUUCUUCUUCACUCUCCAUCCCAAGCAUCUACCGUUUCAGUCAAGAGACGUCUUAUAACACCAAUGGCUGCUCUCACCUUGACACCUACCAUCAAUCUCUCUCAAACUUUCACAAAAUUGAAGAACCAACGCAAAGUAGCAUUUAUCCCUUACAUCACUGCCGGUGAUCCCGACCUUUCAACCACGGCGCAAGCGCUGAAGGUGCUCGAUUCUAGUGGGGCGGACGCGAUCGAGUUAGGUGUGCCACACUCUGAUCCAAUACUAGACGGUCCAGUUAUUCAGGCUUCAGCCACUCGUUCCUUAGCUAGAGGGACCAAUUUCAAUUCUAUUAUGUCAAUGUUAAAGGAUGUGGUCCCACAAUUGUCUUGUCCAAUCGUUCUAUUUUCGUACCAUAACCCAAUCAUAAAGCAUGGUAUUGAAAACUUCAUGUCCACAAUUAGCGACGUUGGGGUACAUGGUCUUGUGGUUCCAGAUGCUCCAUUUGAAGAGACGAAAAGCUUGAGAAAGGAGGCUGUGAAGAAUAAUGUUGAGUUGGCAUUACUAACUACUCCCACUACGCCAAUAGAUCGAAUGAAGAAGAUAGUUGAAGCUUCAGAAGGAUUUGUAUACCUUGUGAGCACUGUGGGAGUUACCGGUGCCCGUGAAUCGGUGAACGAACAAGUUCCGAGGCUUUUAAGGGAAAUUAGAGAGGCAACAACCAAGCCUGUGGCAGUUGGUUUUGGGCUAUCAAAGCCUGAACAUGUGAAACAAGUAGCAGAGUGGGGAGCUGAUGGUGUUAUUGUUGGUAGUGCCAUUGUGAAGGUGUUGGGGGAAGCCAAGUCUCCAGAAGAAGGGUUGAAAGCACUUGAAACUUUCACCAAGUCUUUCACAUCUGCACUCCUUGGAUAACAUGUAAUUAUGAAAUUUUUAUUGAAGCUAGACUAUGGAGUAUGUUCCAAGGACAAAAAAUAAAAAUGAAAAGUGCGCUAAAAUGUAGUAACUAAUUAUUACCUGCAUUAUAAUUUAUAACGUAGCAUGCAUUUUUUAUUCAGCAGCAUUCUACUCUACUAGCUACCGUAUGUUUGGAUUGAGUUAUCUGCUUGAUUUUUAAGUCACCUAUAUAAUAGUAAAAAGAGAGUUCAACGGGA